UUCAUUUGAGCGCAGGGGGAGACGCACCGUCAGCUUUUCAGUGGUCUGGGUUUCAACAGUUCCCUCCUGAUGCAGACAGAUGUGGACCAGGCCUUCCAGACGUUCCUCCAGACGGCCAACGACACAUCUCAGGAGGACGCCAGCAAAGGGACCACUGUGUUCGUGGACAACCGCUUCAAGCCAAAGCCGGAGUUCCUGCAGACCCUGAAGCAGUCGUACUUCGCAGAUGGGUUCAAUGUGGACUUCAGCCAAGCCAGAGAAAGUGCUGAUACCAUCAAUAAGUACGUGGAGGGGAAGACUAACGGGAAGAUUGACAAGCUGGUGAAAGACCUGGAUCCAAACACAGUCAUGUAUCUCAUCAGCUACAUCUACUACAAAAGUAAGAAGGUCCAUACAUAUUUUGAGGUUAAAUUCUCUCUCUCCUUUGUCUCCCCGCCCCCCCAAUGUUUUAGGAGACAUUAUGUAUAUAUUCCAAAGUUCUCCAUCAAGACUUCCUACAACCUCAACGAUGUGCUUGAAAUGGGAAUGACAGACAUGUUUGGUCGUGCAAAUUUGAGAGGCAUUUCAGAGGAGCAAGGACUGGCAGUCUCAAAAGUUGUGCACGAAGCUACGCUGGACGUGGACGAGGCCGGAGCCACCGCUGCCGCCGCCACAGGCAUCAGCACAAAACGGACGUCUGCCCUCGCGGCCGAUGUCCCUGUGUUGAAGUUCAAUCGUCCAUUCUUGGUCAUCAUCACUGAACGUAACACGGAGAACAUCCUCUUCUUGGGAAAGAUUAUCAACCCAACCAUCUGAUGGAUCAUCA